UCAUCAUAUGUUUUUUGUUGUAUGAACGUAUUGGCCGUGUUAAUUGCGGUGGUACUCCUUCUUUAUGGAAAGCAUAUGUUGAUAUCCUGCCACGUACUCUUCAUACUCCAUUAUUUUAUGAUCAUAUACUUCGGGCUUGUUUAGACGGUACAAGUUUGAGAGCUGCUGUAGAUGCAAAAUACAAGAAACUACAAAGAGAAUAUAACACCCUUAGACCAUAUUUUAAUCAGUGGUCAACACAGGCAUCCACAACUGCAAACAAUAAUCUAAGUGAUGUAGUUACAUUUGAACAUUUCAGAUGGGCUGAUGGCAUAUUUUGGUCUAGAAUAUUAUCCUUUGGUAGUCGAUUUGAAUCCAAUUCUUCUGACGCAGCUCUAUUUGACGCCAAUCUUGAUGAUUAUCAUUUGGUACCGUUUCUCGAUUUUGCCAAUCAUUCUUUGACUCCAUGUAUGAGAUGGGAACUUACCGCUGAUGGCGCUGAACUUAUUCUCACCAAAUCUGAUCUACCGGAACAAAUUCACCCUGAAACUGAACUUUGCAUCUCAUAUGGUGAUAAACCAAAUUCGGAAUUAUUGUUUGUUCAUGGAUUUACGUUAAGCGAUAAUCCAUGGUCGGCAAUUUCAUUUCCGUUACCACUUUAUGAUGAUGAUAAAUUAGUACAGGCCAAAAUAAUGUUUAUGCAAUAUCAUGGAAUCAGUCAGUUAGUAUCCUUGACCAGAAAGAAAGGUGAGAUUGAGUUAUCCCAUGAUUCAACUAGGGCAAUGUGGUUAUGUGUGCUAACCGCAGAAGAUGGAUUGAAUUUUACAAAAAGUUCAAAUGAAGCGCAACCUGUGGAAUUGAUUAUCUAUAACAAAAUAAUUCCUACAAUUGAUGUGUUAGAUAAUGUGGUUAAGGAAUUGGAGUUCUAUCCGGUUAUUGAAUUGCGCGUGAUAAAUUCCGUUCUAGAGAACGUGGAAUAUCUUUUAUCAAAUCUUAAACAAACUAACGAACAAGUACUGAAGAUGAUGGAAAGUGGAAGGAAUUCUCGUGAACUAGAGUAUAUUAGAAUAUACCGAGAGGAUGAACAUAGAUUCCUUGAAGAAGCUGUUAUAGAUUUUUCGCGAAAACGUGAUUCCUUGAU